AUGGAAAGCCGCCCGAGCCUGCAACCGGACACGGCGGGAGGGCGGGCGCCGGCAUUACGUAGAGCCACGCGAUCACUUUGCAGCGAACUUCGUUCGGGCUGCACUGACUGCGCUAAGCAAUCGCCAGGAUGGCGCCCUUUACAGAAAGUCAUGAGAAUAGUUCAGAGCCCUGACAACGGCAACGUGGCGGCUGUAAAGAAAAACGGGGUCGAGUCACGUACAAAUACGGAAAAUGGAAGCUGGCUCUUCUUGAACAACACGAAUCAGCUCAAAAACUGUAACAUAAUUCACGAAAAUCAUAAUAAAAGUUGCAAUAACUUUUAUGUAUUAAUAAACAAUAAAGAGGUCACAGAUACACUGCACAAUACCCAAGAACAUCAUACUGCCGACGUGAUUGUCGAGACUGGAAUAUGUAAUAGACAAUAUAGAAUCAAUAAUCAAAACGAGUACACAAACGCGAAUGAAAAACUUGAAACAAGCAAACUGGAUAGCCAUCAGGAAAAUAGUUUGCUUCAUUGUGAUAGCCCUCCAGAUUCAACUCCCAACGAAGUAGACCAUACAUUUGAAUAUUCGGACACAGAUGAGAUGACUGAAAAUGUUCAACAUUCACUACCAAGAGGCAUCGUGAACCCUAAUUACCCUGGCUUCCAACACUUAGCGCACACCUUACAGGAUUAUUCUUCUAACAUUGAAACGUUUUAUCAAUCGGAAAAUGAAAUGACGGACGAUGAUAUAGAUGCAGAUAUUGUGGACAUGACUCAUACGUUGGAGACAAACAAGAACGAGAUUAUUGAUUAUAUUAAACAAGAUGAAAAUGAACUAAGAAAUGCAAGUAAAUUUCGAAGGCCACCUGCUAUAUCGUCCAGCGCAAGAAGGUCAUCCAGUGAUCGAAAGACAACCAUUGCUACAAAAUCAUCUAAAUCUCAAAACACCACAACCGUCCCUAAACAUGAAAGUCCAAAAUAUUAUGAUCUGGAAAGUUUUGAUGUUUAUAACAUAGAAACUGCACUACCUAAAAUAGACUUGGAUGCAAUCGAAAAUCAUUUAAAAGCAGCAAAAGAAGCCGAGAGACGGAAACGGAAUGAUAGAGAAGAAAUCAGGAAACGAUUGGCAAUGGAUGCUGACAAUGAUGAAUAUUAUAGUUUAGGUCACACAGAUAGACCUGGAAAGAAACCAAGUCUACAUUCACGUUUGCAGAAUGGAAAGAACCUACAAAUUUGUUUCAUGAAUGAAACUGCAUCAGACAAUGAGUCUCAAGCAUCUGACAUAGAAAAAAACUUACACUGUUCUAGUAAAAGUUUAUCCCGCCCAAGUAUUUUUGGAAAAAGCAGCAGUCAUAAUCAUCCAUAUCAAACCAGACCUCUGUCUGUAAAUAUCACAAAAAAUGAUAAAAUUAGCAAUGCACAGACUGGUAAUAAGUUUCGUCCUUCAUCAUUUAUAUUAAAAUCAUCAAAAUCUUGUUCUACACAGUCAUUAAACCACAUUGAUGUCAAGGAGACUGAUUUUUACACUUUGCAAGCAACAUUACAAACUGAGGCUAGGAUUGCACUUGCUCAAGCAAAAGAAAUGGCUCAUGUGCAGAUGGAGAGAGAGCGGCUCAGCCGUGCAGUCUCUCCUGUAACAGAAAUGCUUCGCCGAAGUAUGGAGAAAGCCAAUGCUCCUCUAGCUCCAGAUCGACGUCGUGUCUCACGUCAGCUACUUACUGACAUGAAUAUAGCACAGUUACAGGUGAUAGUGAACGAGUUACAUUCCCAAAUCGAGUCGCUGAACGACACGCUAGUGAAGCUGCUAAUGGCUCGCGACGAACUUCACAUGGGCCAGGAUUCUAUGCUCGUCGACAUCGAGGAUCUCACCCGCUAUUUGGGUGUCAAAGAGCAGACAAAAAAGACAAAGGGCACCACAAAGUCGGCGAUGAGACGGCUCACAUCGUUGGUGCAGAAA